GCCGGGCUGGGGCCCCGGGGGCGGGGAGCCGGGGAACGCGAUCGGCUGGGGACCGAGCCCGGGCCCGGGCGGGGCCCCCCGCGCCCCCGGGCCUCGCCGGCCUUUCCGGGCGGGCUUCGGGCCGGCGCCCUGCGAGCAGGGGGCUCUCCCUGUCCCCGUGUGUGGCCCGGGCCCGGGAAGAGAUGUCGGAGUUCCCCGAGGACAGCGGAUUCAGAGAAGGAACUGGGAUAAAGGGCCUAUGUAAGAGGAAGCAAUGAAUCCUUUUUGAAGAAUCAGACAGCAGGAGCUGUUGGCCAGAUGCUGCUGGAUGCUGACAGGGGAAAGCUGAUUCGGAGAGAAGCGGCCAGAAAUGUUUGGACACGUCGUCACUUUGGAUCUGUAACCUGCUUUUGGAGCCACGCAGGUGGGAGGAUGUCGAGCACAGCUCCAUCAAAGAAGCCUUACCGCAAGGCGCCCCCGCAGCAUCGCGAGAUCCGCCAUGAGGUACCCAUCAUUCGUGAUGACCAGGAUGGAGUGAUCUUGGCUGAGCAGAGUCAGGAACCCUUGACGGAUGCAGAAAGGAUGAAGCUACUGCAGCAUGAGAAUGAGGAGCUGCGCCGACGGCUGACGUAUGUGACUAACAAAAUGGAGGCGAUGGAGAGGGAGCUGGAGUCAGGUCAGGACUACCUGGAGAUGGAGCUGGGCCAGAACCGUGAGGAGCUGGAGAAAUUCAAGGACAAAUUCCGUAGGUUGCAGAACAGUUACACUGCUUCCCAGAGAACCAACCAAGACCUGGAGGAGAAGCUGCAUGCCCUGGCCUCUCUCAGCCAAAGCUGGAUUUUUGCAAUUAAAAAGGCAGAGAUGGACCGCAAGACGCUGGACUGGGAGAUUGUAGAGCUCACUAAUAAAUUGCUUGAUGCCAAAACCACCAUCAAUAAGCUGGAGGAACUCAAUGAACGCUAUCGACAGGACUGUAACCUUGCAGUACAGCUGCUCAAGUGUAACAAGUCCCACUUCAGGAACCACAAGUUUGCUGAUCUUCCCUAUGAGCUGCAGGACAUGGUCAAUAAGCAUUUGCACAGCACUCAGGAGUCCUCAGGCCCUGGUCAAGAGGCAACUCACACCUUGGCUCCAUCUGAUGUUGUGCCCACCUCAGUCAUUGCCAGAGUCUUGGAGAAACCAGAAUCUUUGGUUCUGAAUUCAGCCAAGUCUAGCAGCGGCAGCUGUCCCAUGGCUGAAGAUGUCUUUGUGCAUGUGGACAUGAGUGGAGCCCCUCCUGAUGCCUGCAAUAGCGCAGGGCAGAUGGGGAAGGAAGGAGGAGAUGUGGGGAAACAGCAGAAUGGUGGCUGCAAGCCGCAGAGCAGUGUGGAAAGCGUGCCAGAGGAGGUGCCUGCCUUUGAGAAGCUAAGCCCAUACCCUACACCCUCACCCCCCCAUCCUAUGUACCCUGGGCGCAAAGUGAUUGAGUUCUCUGAGGACAAGGUAAGGAUCCCAAAGAACAGUCCCCUGCCCAAUUGUACAUAUGCUACGCGCCAGGCCAUCUCCCUCAGCCUGGUACAGAGCGAAGAUGAGAGCUGUGACAGGCACCGAACGCUCCCCAACAGCCCUGCUUCAGAAGGGCGCCGUUCGGCCUCCAGUUGUUCUUGUCAGCAGUCCCCCAAAGCAGCCAGGGCUCACGGCUCUUCUCAGAGCAGCCCGUUCAGCAGCCCUCCCCAAAUCCCGAGCGCCUUUGCCAGCUCUGCCAGCUCUGAGGAGGACCUGCUGGCCAACUGGCAGCGUAUGUUUGUGGAUAAGGCACCCCCCACCUCAGAGCGGGUGCUGAUGAACCGCACGGCCUUCAGCCGUGACACGGCCCCUGAACUCCAGAAGAGGUUCAGCCGUUCCAUGCAGGAGCUGGGUAGGGCAGCCUCGGCUUACUCGGACGGUGAGGAGUCUGCACAGAGCUGCAGCUGGACCGUGAGCCGGGACUCGAGCGUGGACACAGACAGCACUGAGUCCAGAGCCCGCAGAAGCCAUUUCUCCUCAGACUAUGGUACAGAUUUCUCCCAGGAUGAAGCCCAGAAGCUGUUGCAGGGAAGCAGUGGAGGCACUGCUGAGCUUGGAAGCCCCUCACCAGAGAAGCACAAGGACUAUGUGGAUCUUGGUUUGCCUGAGAGCCCAGCUGAGGAGAGAGAAAUGUUGCUCCAGGGAAGCAAGGAGAGUAACCAAGGAGGUGCCCAAGAGGAAAGUGGAGAAGGCAGGGUGAAGCCUCCCUUCAGUCGGCCACACCGCAGCCCCAAGAGGAUGGGGGUCCACCACUUACAUCGCAAGGACAGUCUGACACAAGCCCAGGAGCAGGGCAACCUUCUCAGCUGAGGCAGGGCAAGAAGCAGCCACACGCUGCAGAGCUGUGGGCUGCCUCCAUCUGUCCACCUGCUGAGGGAGAAACCUCUCUCAGUGCCCUUGUUCCAAGGGGGCUCUGCUCUGAAAUUUUAUAUUUAUUCUCUUCUUUUGCUACCUGGAAGAGCUGAGGUCCCCCUUCCCCAGCACCUCAGACCCACAGUACUAGCACAAGCAGUGUGCAGAAGCACACCCACUGCCCCGGCACACUCACAGCUCUCUUCACAGCCUCACACUGGUGCCUGUACCAGAGCUCAUUCUUGGUACCCCUCGUCCUGGUGCCUGUGCCUCUUUAUGCUCGCAUCUUUCUUCCCCCUUCCCACUCAGGUACCUGAGGCCCUGGGUGCUCUCAUGCUGGUUGCCCACAGCUGCCCUGCUCUCUUUUAACUUGUGCCAACAGGGCAGAGUGCCUGUGUGGUGGUGUCUGAUUCCCUGGGAGCCCACAGGGGCCAUGAGUGGGGCACAAGGACUCUCCCAGCAGAUGGCUGCGGGCCCCUGGGGAUGUGCUGGGAUUGCUGGUGUCUCAUUUUCCUGCUGGGUUUUGUUUUCCUCGGCUGCCCUCUGGGUGGUUCUUCAGAAUCUGCCUCUGCAGGUCCCCAUCGCUUGGCUCUUGCGUCAGGCUCAGCACCCGGCCCCCACUGAGGCAAUGCAUGGAUGCCGGUGCUGUGGCAUUGGGGCAUGGGUGCUGUCUGCCAAGGUGGUUUGGGGAGGCACUGCCUGCUAGGCGCUGGGGUUUGUGCGUCUCCUCCCUCACACCUCUUCCCCCGCUCUCUGUGCUGUUGUGUUUGAACGGUGCUGAUGCUUUGCUCUUGGGUGGGCUUCUUACUUCUUUCCAAGCCUUUGGUUUUGGGGUGUAUUGUUUUUUCUUUCUCCCCACCCUGCAUAAACAGACACAGCCGUUGGCAGCUGGUCCGAUGCCUAUGUUGAGGGUGUGUUGAGGAGGCUCAGCUCUGAGCUGCGCUUCCCUCUGAUCCUGGCUUCCAGCCUGCAGAAACCCCUCCAGGCUCAAGAACAAGGUCUCGCCCCAGGCGAGCAAGGUGUGAAGGACGCUACUGGGCUUUUCUGGGCAGGGCUUGGUGCAGGGCCGGCAGGGAUGCGAGGGCAGCGUGCUGAGGAGCUGCUCCCUGCAGACGCACUACCUCACGGCUAGGCAGCAGCCCUUUGCCAGGGUCUCCUCGCACGCCCCCUCAUUGGGGGGCUCCAGGCUGGCUCUGGCGCCUCUCCAUGGCCUCCCCUUCUGGGUAGGGCCUCUCUGCGUGUUUUUCUUAGUGUAGUCUGAUACCAGUGUGACUUUUCUUCACCGUCUUGUGUGCUUGGUGUCUCGUUGAGGGGAAGGGGAGAGGUCUGUAGAUGUAGAUAUUUUUUGAGGGCUUACAAAGCCCAGGUAUCCUGUUUUAAUUUUGUCCUGUGCCCUUGUCUGUCUGGUGUUUCUUGGUUCCCCUGGGGGGCACGAGACAGAGAAUAGUCUCGUUCCCUGGGCUGUGCCCCCCUCACACCCCACUGGCUGUCCUCAGCCUGCUGUCUAGUUUUUGAGUUGGGUUUGUGUUGUCGUCCCACCCUACUCAAUGAGGGCUCUUUGCUGGGCUGUAGGAGAGCAGCCCUCUGUCCAGGAGGGAGCUCCCAUUCAUACACUUAGAGCAAGAUGUGCAGCCAAGAGCUGCCUGGGGACCUUGCUCCCCUCUCCAAAACCCCUGUCUCUGCAAAGGGCCUGCAGCUUGCAGAUGGGGCCAGCCAGGGCUUCAGCUCGAGCCUGGAGGCUCCAGGGCCUGUGAAAGGGAGCUGCAGGUCUCCCUGGUGGCUGUAUAGGUUGGUUUGUGUACCCUGGCUAGAGCUGCUGCCUACACGCUUGCCUUGGUUCCUGCCUCUUAACAGUUGUGGAGCUGGAUGCCACCCUCAGGCGGGGAGGUGGGACUCAGUAUUUCACUACAGUAUUUCAUUUGAUACCUGUGCAAACAGGCUGGUGCUGAGAGCGGGAGCCUCCUCUGAGCCUGCAGGGUGUUCAUCUCUCCUGUCCUGAACAUGGUGGUGGGAUCCUUGGCGUUUGCUCUCAUCAGCCACUCCACUGCUGCAUUUCUUCUGUUCUUCUGCAGUGUUGCCAAGGGCUUGCACCUGCGGCGGCUGCCAGCUCCUGCCUCAAGGACAUUACCUGGGGUUGGGUGCUCACUGAGUGAGCUCCUCUGGCUCUGAGGCUGCUGGUGGCCCGUCUGUGGGACAGCACAGCCACUUUGGCAGUGGGGAGGCAUUGCCCCUCAGGGCUUAGCCCCGUCUCCCCUGAAUCCUGGCAUGGUGGUCAGGGCAGAAAACCCACUCUUGCUGAAGCAGCGGGUGCUGAUGGUGCUGGGCAGAGCCAGCCUCCCUCUGCUUUUGGUCAGCAUAGACUUAAAAGCAAAACAGUGGAGAAAUGGAGGGGUGGCAAAGAGGUGCCCAUCGCCUCACCAGACACUUCUGCUUUGCAGCAUUAGGCUGCCGGCAGAGGUUGAGGGGGAACGGUGUCCUCAAGAGGAGCAGAGCCCUCUUCUGGCAGGCACGGUGCCUGCCCUCUGCACUCCUGCUCACCUCCAGCAGUAUUGGCUCUGGGGCCUUGAGCUGACCCCACUUUCAGUGUCCCAACUUCAGACUGUUAAUCUGUAACUAAUGUGGUUUUUUUUCUGAAAUUUUCAAACUGAUGUAUAUUUUAAGACCAGAAAUAAACUAUUUUAAAAG